AUCUGCUGGGUAUAUAAAGCAUUAGCACCAGCUUGGGGCCACAAACAGUACUUGACGAACACCCAAACGACUCAAACAUGAAACUACUCUGCAGUGUGCUAAUCCUGGCCAGCGUUGCCCUCAGCUCAAUUCAAGCCAAGCCAAGUUUGGUGCAAACUCAGCUGCAGGGAGCUCUCGAUAAAUAUCUGGUUAAUGCCAAUGCUCGCAAUCUGGAUAUAUCCGUCUCUCCGGAUGUGACCUCCCAGUGCUUUGCCCUGUAUCUGCCCAUAUUGAACGAGGUGGCUGCCACCUUCUCCAGCUCGUAUCAGGCUUGCAUUACCACGGCCAACAAUCAGAUCGCCAGCUUGACGACUCAGGCUCAAAAGGAUCAGCUUAUCUAUCAACAGGAAGUGCAUGGACUUUGCAGCGCUUUCACCAGCUGUGACAACAGCACCGGUAACGACACCACCAAGUUCUUCAACUGCUAUGCCACUGCCGCUCAAGGAGAUGUCUCUGUGAUCUAUGACAUUGCCACCAAUGCAGCCAGCACCGCCAACACUCUCGCUGAGGCCAUCAAGGCCACUCAGGAUACGGAAUAUCAGUGCACCAAUACCACGGAGAGCAACUAUGUUCGUGACACGGCUGCCACAUACGAUCUCUUGGAUUCCUGCCUCAGGAACGGAGUUCCCACCACAUCCGCAGCUCCUGCUGAAGUGACCACUGCUGGGGUUACAGUCAGUACCCAAAGUACUCCUACGACUUCUGCUGAUGCUUCUACCAGCUCAACUGAUGCUGACUCUGUAAGCUCGACUUCUACUCCAGCUGAUGUCCCCUCCACGGCAGCUGCCCAUGUCUAGGAGUGAGGAGAAGAGGGAGUUCUGUUCAAGUCAAUAAAUAAAUGAGCAUUUAUUAAAAAAGUAUA